GUUGUCCGUACCAAGGUCAACGAAAUGGCUGACGAGGCUAACACAAAUCCAACGCUUGAUAGCGUCGAUGCUGAUGCAGCCGCCGAUGAUGCUGAAGCAGAGGAAAUACUUGCGAUGAAGUCAAGAUUGGAGGAGAUAGAAAAGGAGGCAGAGGCACUUCGGCAGAUGCGCGAAGCACAGGAAAAAGAGGCGAAAGCUAUUGCUGCUGUAGCUGCACCAUCAGAGGGAGAUGAGAUGGAGACAGACGAGGAUCCGCAUGCAGCCGAUGAACGAAGUGUCUAUGUAGGCAAUGUUGAUUACGGUGCCUCGCCAGAAGAAAUCCAGGCUCACUUCCAAGCUUGCGGGACAAUAAAUCGGGUUACAAUCCUUUGCGACAAGUUUACAGGACAUCCUAAAGGAUAUGCCUAUGUUGAAUUUGCGGAACCGUCUUUCGUAGAGACAGCACAGACCCUCAAUGAGUCGUUAUUCAAGGGACGUCUAAUCAAGGUCGUUCCCAAACGAACAAACAUCCCUGGGUUUAGUCGUGGUAGAGGACGAGGCCGUGGAGGGUAUAGAGGAGGAGGUCGUAGUAGGGGUUAUGGAUUCUCGCCAUAUCGUGGGAGGGCCAGGGGACGAGCGCGGGGUUAUUAGAGUCGACUGGAUACUUUAUAUAGUGAUUUCUGCUGUUCUUUUUUAAUAUUUCGAUUGCUGUCACUUGUAAUCUUAUAUUCAUGAAAAGCGUUGUUCAGAUGCGAUGUUUCGCUGUCCAGUCUAAUUUUUUCUAUACUAUGUUCUUUCCGUGAUACAUCGAAUCCAGUGAUUUUAUUUCAACGCC